UUGAAGUUUGUCGACUAUAUAAAUUCUGAAUUUUUUGAAAUGGAUGUAUUGUGAAGUAUAUUUGACUUGGUUAUCAAUCUUUAUAAAUUAAAAAUUUUUGACGCGCAAAUUCAUAUUCGUUAAGAUGGGUCCAAAAUUUAGAACAUCGAUCAUUCGAUCGAUGUUUCUGUUUAGUUGCUUGUCAUUACUAUUUGCUAACGUUAAAUCGGUACCGACUCCAAUAAAACAAGUAAGAAGUUUAGUAAGUGUAAUAAACGAUAUUACCACACUAUUUACCGGUAUGGAUAGUCUUAUUAAGUUGAUACAAAAUGACGAUAGCAAUGAAGUGUUUCAAAAAAAAGUAACGGAUCAACUUGACAACAUCUAUAAAGCGUGUUUGAAGAUAGAUGACGUUAAAAAGCAAGUUCAAAGUGUGAACUAUGCUGUAAGCACAGGUGCCACCCAAGUUAUUUCGGAAAUAAAUUUGGAAAUUGAUAUGAGUUACAUGUUAGAAAUUGAUGGCAAAUUGAAUAUAAUUGGGAAUCUUUAUGAAAAUGAUUUUAAUGAUAUCUAUCAAGGAAUGAAAAACUUCGGUAAUGAAACGAUCGAUAAUUAUGUUUCUGCCAUGCUUGAUAAUAACGACUUGAAAGUUUUAUUAAUAGACAUUUUGAAAGCUACUAAGUUAACUGAAGCAGAGGAUCCUUCUGCCUUUGCAAGAAAGAAUAUUUUUGCAAUAGCUGUCGCUAAUUCUAAAAAUGAGAAAUAUCAUCACCGUGAUUGUAAUAGUAUUUCUGCAUACGAUAAACUAUACAACUUCUAUAAAUAUGUAAUAGCAACUGUCACCCAAGGCUACACUAUGAUUAUAAUGGCUUAUCAGUAUCGUAAAUUACACUCGAAUGAUCCAAACUUCAAUAGAAAUAAACAGCUUAUCUACUUCAAUUUGUAUAAAGAAGCUAUAAUAAAAAUAACCGAAUCGGUGCAGCAUUAUUUGGAGUUAAAUGACAACGCAAAUUUCAAAUCAUCGAUUUCUUGCGAUCCCCAACCAUGGAAAGGAGUAAAUUAUAUUCGUAUCAAAAAUUAUGUGUCAGUAAGAACACCUACGACUCCUCAUUACGGUUUCAUGCACAACGAACCUGAUAGGAGAGGAAUAGAAUACGAAUGUAAAGGUUUUGCAGAAUAUGGAGAUUGGGCUAUCCCAGAACUUAUUGCGACUAAAUAUUGUUCAAGUCCAUUCACCCCAACCUCCGAGUCUUCUGCAUAUUCAGAGUUCACAGACCAUGCAACCCGGGUUUUGGAGAGAAAAUGUGCGUUAGGUCGUUACACACCAUUAGAACAGCGUUGUUAUUCUGAUGAAAGUUCAGAUCCUAUCCUAAGUGUUCGUAAAUUGAGUUUAUUAUUACAAACAUGCAACAGUAAAAGAAAUGAAGUUGUAACAAAUACGCGAUUCCAUGUUCAAGAGGGUAUAAUUAGCAUCGAAAUUCAAUGUGGGGUGUUUAUUAACGGUCAAGUUGAUCCCAGAACUCUUAGAUGGAAUACAGAUGAUAGACGUUACACAAGAGAAAAUCAUCCAAACUAUGUUGUGCUUUCUGCAUUAUUGAGAUCGUUUAAUCUGGACGAUAUUGUAUUACCUGACGGACAAUUCGUGACAGGAAUGAAGUUCGAAAAAUUGCAAGAUAACCGUUUGUCGUUAGUACUUCAGGGAACUGAAAUGUAUGAUUCCAAUAAUCGAAUUAUCAGUGGCCAAACUAGUUUGCGUUAUCCGCAAUAUACCGGAAUUCAGAGAGAGAAAAUAGAUUUAUUCUUACUCACUACACCUUUGGAAAUAAAGAAUCAAACUUACGAAAUGAGUGAAUCGGGAAGACAUUACAUCGAAUUGACAGAAUCCAGAGAGUCAUACAAAUAUCAAAGUAUGGCAGUAGUGCCAUUUUUGGACAUGCAACCCGUUAGUUUAUUGCAUCCAGCACCACUGGGCGGGGUUGGGUUAUUUUACAAGGGUCAACCUGGCUACGCUGGAUUUUUGGCUUUCAAACAUAUUUCCCCAAAAUAUGUACAUUUCAUUAGCGGAAACUAUGCUAAUAAUCUAGAUAUUACAUCUUCAAGCAUUUAUUAGUUGAGCACUAAAAAAAUUUUCUUCUGACAACUAAAUUUUAGUUAUGACAACUAAAUAGUUUGAUUGCCCAUUGCGAAUCAUAUAUUGGUUGUUUUAACUAAAUAUUUUAUAAUCCACCAACAAAAAAAAUUAUUAGAGACUACAAAAUAUUUAGUAAAGAUAACUACACGUUAAGUAGCAAGCAUAAAGUCAAAUUGAUUACCUGUAGAGCUUAUAAAGUAGUCAUUAUGAAAUAUAUUAGUGAGCCUUAGAGAAUGAGUCAUUAAUAAUAAUUAAAUAUCAUUUUAAAAUGACAGAAUAUUUAUUGAACAAUCAAAUAAAUGCAUAUUCAGAAAAAUAAUUUAUUUUUUUGCCACAUACUUUUUUUAGUACUAUGAUAAACAUUACUCAGGAAAACAUUUAUAUUAAACAUGAAUGUCAUAGUGUAAUACGGGCUACCGCUAUAUUACUAUCAAAAAAGCAGCAAGUUACACGUCUCACAAAUGCUUUGAGUUGUGAAUAAAAUAAUUCUGCAAUAAGUUUCUUACCAGGGACACUACAAAAGGUGGGCGCGAUCUAGUGGCGAGCACCUAACUACUCCCGCCUCUGCUGCCUAGUACCAUAACUUUUUAAAUCAAUUAUCAUUAUGUUUCAAUAUAUAUUUAUUAACAUCAAACAAAUAUAUAUCUUUAUUCUAAAUGAAUAUAUUUUUUUGUGUUUAAAUAAUAUUUAUUAGAGUUAACAUAAUGAUAUUUUGCUUUGAUAUUUGAGUUUGUUAGCACCAUAAAAUGAUUUAGUUGUCUAUCAAUUAAAUAUUUUCUUAACUUUACUAAAUGAUUUUAGUAUCGUAGCAAGAGAAAUAUUAACGUCAACCAAAUAGAGUCUAUUAAAUCAUUUAUUAAAAAUCUUAAAAUAGAUUUUGUUAACGUAAUAAAAUUUAGUUGUCCCAAUUAAAUGUUAAUUUAACAGAAUUUAACAAAACCAAUUUAAUUGUCCGAAGAGAAAUUUUUUGUCAGUGUACCUAAGUUUUGUAAACACGCAGAUAAUUUUACAAUAAAAAUCAUACAGAAAGUUCGACAUUGCGAUGA